UCGGGACCAGACUGGGUGUUAGAAACUAUGGCAGCAAAGUAGUUACCAGCAGGUCUGAGGUCAUCCUGCCUGAAUGUGAUUUCUAGCUCUGCCUUACUAGCUGUAAUGGCAUUGUCAAUAGAACCGGCUUCACAGGAUUCUCCCUGGGAACACUAAAGAAGGAUGCAUGGAAGCUCCUCAAACUGUGUGGCAUGUAACAAGUAUAUAUCUAUACCAUCAUCUCUUGCACCUCGGACGUCCUGGAGAUGUCAUACCUGCCACAGUGCAUCCUCCGAGUGUUGGUAUGACUAAAGUUUCGCCCUAUGUUUCGUUGAAGACCAGAUGAACACCCUAAGGCUGGAGUCCAGGGGACCAAGAGCAUUUUGGAAAUUGCACAGGUGCUCUACUGCACAGGGGGCGGCAGAGGCUGCAGGGGAAGGUCAUGGAGUCGGCCACUCCAGCCCGCAGUCUUCCUGCCCCAGCUUAUGGCAUGGAGUCCUGCCAAGCAAACCCUCAACUAGCUUCAGGGGGGACCGAGGGUUUUUCUUUCUUCGGUGUUAGCACGGGCUUCCCACGCAGGGCGCAGCCAGAGCGCUGCAAACUCCUCGAGAGUAUGCGGGAGCCUGGCUACUCCCGGGGUAGGAGGGGUGGCGCCGGUGAGUCCGAGCCAGGAAGGUAGGCGUGGGCAAGUAUGAGCCUGACCUCCGAGGCUUUGGGCACCUGCCAUUUGCGAGGAAGGGGGGGGGGGGGUAUCUGAAUUUGCCUGGAGCGAGGUUCCCGCUUCCGGAUUACCUCUCCUCCGACACUCAUCCCGCCUCCCAGGCUGGGCGUGGUCUGCUCCUAUCCUUGCCUCCCCUCCCCAGGGGGCGGAGCUGGGGGAGGGGUCUCUGCGAUCGAGUCACGUCCAACAGGCGGAGCCGAGCACCAGGAGGCCGGCUGGGGAGGCGCCACAUCCGGCCGCUGACUCGUGUGUGUAUAAAGCCGCGACCGCUGCACUUGGCUUCCAACAGUAGCUCUGGGCCCUUCUCGGCUGCAGGGGCAGCUGCUCCAAUGCCCCACAGCGGCCAUGAGCGUCCCGCAUUGGUGGGACCAGCUGCGGGCUGGCAGCUCGGAGGUGGACUGGUGCGAAGACAACUACACCAUCGUGCCUGCCAUCGCCGAAUUCUACAACACGAUCAGCAAUGUCUUAUUUUUCGUCUUACCGCCCAUCUGCAUGUGCUUGUUUCGUCAGUAUGCAACAUGCUUCAACAGUGGCAUCUACCUAAUAUGGACUCUCUUAGUGGUAGUGGGAAUUGGAUCCGUCUACUUCCAUGCAACCCUAAGUUUCUUGGGUCAGAUGCUUGAUGAACUUGCAAUCCUUUGGGUUCUGAUGUGUGCUCUGGCCAUGUGGUUCCCCAGAAGGUAUCUACCAAAGAUCUUUCGGAAUGACAGGGGCAGGUUCAAGGCUGUGGUCUGUGUCCUGUCUGCGGUCACAACGUGCCUGGCGUUUGUCAAGCCCGCCAUCAACAACAUCUCUCUGAUGACCCUGGGGGUUCCUUGCACUGUGCUCCUGGUUGCAGAGCUAAGGAGGUGCGAUAACGUGCGUGUAUUUAAGCUGGGACUCUUCUCCGGCCUCUGGUGGACCCUUGCGCUCUUCUGCUGGAUCAGUGACCGAGCCUUCUGUGAGCUGUUGUCGUCCUUCCACUUCCCCUACCUGCACUGCGUGUGGCACAUCCUCAUCUGCCUCGCUGCCUACCUGGGCUGUGUAUGCUUUGCCUACUUUGAUGCAGCCUCCGAGAUCCCUGAGCAGGGCCCCGUCAUCAAGUUCUGGCCCAGCGAGAAGUGGGCCUUCAUCGGCGUGCCUUACGUGUCCCUCCUGUGUGCCAGCAAGAAAUCACCAGUCAAGAUCACGUGAUGGCAUGGGCGUGGUGGCUUGGCUUCUCUGCUUAUUUUCCCUGAUGCACGGGCUCCCUUUGCCAGGAAAGACAGCCGGGGGCUUGCAGAGUCCGGGGUAGGGCCUGUCUUUUAAAAGUUCUGUUCCCUUGGGCUCAACUAACGUGUCUGUGGCCCGCCAGGACUCUACCAUGCAGGGGGAGGAAGGUCUUCCCCUUUCCCAAAGAUGGAAAGUGGAGGGCUGAGGGGCACCAGGUGGAACUUCUCAGCCUCUUCCAGAUACAGUAGUUUGUUGGGCUGUAUCCUUUCUGGCAAUGGCAGAGCAGUCCCUCGGGGAGCCCAUUUCCCAGUGGGAGAUGGGUCCAGACUCGACCAUUCCCAUGUGCUCUCCGUGUCAACUCUCCUGCUGACCGACAGGCCCUGCGACAGACUCAGACCUCUGUCUGAUGGAAGAUCCCAGGGAUUUUCAUUUGAGGAAACUGUCCUAAAACAAGACCAAGCCAAUGAAAUCCACACAGGGCUAAUGGCUAAGGAGGCAUCCAUGUAGAGCUCUCCGUAACCAGGUUUUACAUGCACUUGUGAAUCUUUUCUCUACUACCUCUGCUGAGAGAUGGGGAUUUGACUUCAGAGGAGGGUGAAGCAGACGAGAAAAACCCUCUGUGCCAAAAGCUACACUCUGCUUUAAGCCAUUCUUGAAGAUGAGCACAAUUUUUAGAUGUGGACAUUGUUGGCCCCCUCCCCAAACCAACGGUCUCACACACACACACACACACACACACACACACACACACACAGGAUAGUUGUGGUGUGAACAGGUCUGCACACAGACCCCGGCUCCUUAGUGCCGAGCUCCGUAAGGUCCGGCCUCAUGACAGUCACGGUGGGAGUCCUGCCUGGUUCAACGUCUGGAGCAGACAUGAAGUUCUGGAAACUUGUGCUGAUUAGAAGCCUUCUGGAUGCUCUUCCAUUUGGAAGUUAUCCCCCAAAAUGUCACCUCUUCUUUCUGCAAGAUUUCCUGCGGGAAUCGUACUCCACAUUCUCCCAGUACAAGGUGCUUCCUGUGGUUUCUCCAAGGAUUUGAUAGCUGCUCUUCUCUAGAACUGUGGCUCUUUGGGUCGUGGGUGCAGCAGGCAAUGCUGUUGGCCUUCUCGGUUUUUCCUCACCUGAAGGGACACUAGCCAAAACUAAUCUCUUCAUUGGGCCGAAUGAAGACUCUAAAACAGUCAUCAAGGUGUGAGGGGGAAUGCAUGACCUCAGGGAUACUCACUUUAACUGACAUCUCCCACUUUGCAACAUUCCAUCAUGAAAGAGGGCAGGACAUCCUUGUGUGGAUGGGAGUCCUGUCGCUAAGGAUCUAAUAAUUGGGCAGGACCAGCGCGUGGCAGGUCUAGGAACUUUGGCUCCAGUUAGAAGUUGCACAGGAUCGAAGGUGAAAAGUCCAAUAAGGAACUGAAUUGAGAGUUUAAAAAUGAAGGACUUUAUUCUGCUUCUGUGGUUUUCAAGUUAUUUUUAGCAGAACCCUAUCUGCAAUAAGAAACCAUCAAGGAACCCAAAUGUGUGAUAGAUGGUGCAUUCUAGUAGUUUAAAUUUAAGGCUAAACUUCUACAUUUCCCUUAAUACCAUGCAGCGAAAAAUGCAAGUUAAAUUGGUGGUUUUCCAUGGUAAAAAAUUUGGGAUUGAAUGAGUGUACCCUGUUUAUUAUAGCUUAAAAAUAUACUUUAAAAAUGGUA